AUGUCUCAAACAAGUAUAAAAUCGUUUUUUACUGCAACGCCUAAGAAGACGGAAUGCAAACGAGAAAAUAGUGACUCGUUCAAUAAUGAGAAAGCAACACCUGUGAGUAAUAAAAAAAACAGAAGCGCUAAGACAACUAAAAGAGAAAGAUCGGAUAGCAGUGAGUCAGAUACACAUGAUAAGAGAUCCUCUCCAGUAUCAACCCCAAAGAAAACAUUAAAGCGCAGGCGUAUCGUCAGUUUUGACGCUGAUUCUGACUCAAAUCAAGAGAAAAAAGCAGAUGAGCAAGUUAAUAAUUCUGAAUAUGUGGAUAUAAAGAUAGAAACAUCUUCCACAAAAAGUCCAAACAAUAAUGUGGAAACAAUUAAAUUACAAAUUACUCCAGUCAUAAAAAAGGAGGAAGCAAAUCCAACAGGAAAUAAGUAUGAACAGUCUUCUAUUAGGGAAGGAAAACACACUCCUUCAAUUGAAAAGAAGAGUAACAACAAACAAAGUAAUAAAAACAAUGUCCAGCACAUAGAGGAGGAAAACUAUAAUCCAGCAAAGAUAAAAUACCACCCUAUUAAUGACGCAUGUUGGUCCAAGGGACAAGAAGUACCAUAUCUAGCUUUGGCUACGACCUUGGAAGAAAUCGAGGCCACAUCUGCGAGAUUGAAGAUGAUAGAAAUCCUAAGCAACUACCUGAGAUCUGUGAUCUUGCUCACCCCUGAGGAUUUGCUGCCCAGCAUAUACUUGUGCUUGAAUCAGUUGGCACCGGCUUAUCAUAGUUUGGAACUCGGCAUGGCCGAGACGUAUAUAAUGAAAGCGGUCGGGCAGUGCACGGGCCGCACUCUGGCGCAGAUGAAAAGCGCAGCGAAGGCCACGGGAGACCUAGGUCUCGUGGCGGAGCAGGCCCGCGCCACCCAGCGGACCAUGUUCACACCGGCGCCCCUCACGUUGAGAAAAGUCUUCGCCGCGCUCAAGGAGGUCGCGCAAGCCACCGGUCAUGCGUCGGUCAACAAGAAGAUAGGCAAGAUUCAGUCCCUGUACGUCGCUUGUAGGCAUUCGGAGGCGCGCUACUUGAUCAGGUCGCUCGAGGGUAAGCUGCGUAUAGGUCUAGCAGAACAGUCCGUGUUACAGGCGCUGGCGUGUGCGUGUGCAGCGUCGCCCCCAGCCGGCCCCUCGGCCGGUGCCGUGGACGUGUCCGCCGAGAUGAGUCCGGAAAAAUACAAGGCCCGGGUAGAGGAAUUCGCGCUCACCAUUAAGACGACGUACUGCGAGUGUCCCAACUACGACGCGCUGGUGCCCGUGGUGCUGCAGUACGGGGUCGAACGCUUGCCGGAACACUGUCGCCUCUCCCCCGGCGUGCCUCUCAAGCCGAUGCUGGCGCACCCCUCGCGCGGUGUCGCCGACCUCUUCGCGCGCUUCGACGGCGAAAACUUCACCUGCGAAUGGAAAUACGACGGCGAACGCGCUCAGAUCCACGUGCCGGGCAACGGGGCGCCGGACGUCGGCCGGGCCUCGAUCUUCAGUAGAAAUCAGGAAAACAACACCAGUAAAUAUCCAGACGUGAUCGGCCGGCUGCCGAAGCUGCUCAAAGCAUCCGUGCACAGUUGCGUGCUGGACUGCGAAGCGGUGGCCUAUGACAAGCAGAGCGGACAGAUCUUACCCUUCCAGAUUUUAUCGACCCGUAAGCGCAAGGAUGCGCGCGAGUCGGAGAUCAAAGUGCAGGUGUGCGUGUUCGUCUUCGACUUACUCUACCUGAACGGCGAACCGCUCGUUCGCCGACCGCUCGACGCGAGGCGGGCGCUGCUCAGAGACCACUUCAACGAAGUCGAAGGUGAGUGGCAGUUCGCUCGCGGGCGCGACUGCAGCAGCACCGAGGAGGUUGAGCUAGAGCUGAGCGAGGCGUUGCGUGGCUCUUGUGAGGGCCUCAUGGUCAAGGCGCUCGAGGGGGAGCGGGCGCGCUACGACAUCGCCAGGCGCUCGCACAAUUGGCUCAAGCUGAAGAAGGACUACCUGGAAGGUUGCGGCGACAGUAUCGACGCGGUCGUCAUCGGCGGCUUCCACGGGCGAGGCAAGCGCGUCGGCCUCUACGGCGGAUUCCUGCUCGCCUGCUACGACCCCGAGACGGACGCCUACCAGUCGCUGUGCAAGAUCGGCACUGGGUUCUCGGACGAGGACCUGCGCACGCUCAGCGCCACGCUGCAGAGCCACGCCAUCGACGCGCCGAGGAACUACUACAGGUACGAGAGCAGCCUCGCGCCGGACGUCUGGUUCGCGGCGGCGAGCGUGUGGGAGGUGCGCUGCGCCGACCUGUCUUUGUCUCCGGCGCAUCACGCUGCCCUGGGGCUGGUGGACCGCGAGAAGGGCAUCUCGCUGCGAUUCCCGCGAUUCGUGCGCGUGCGCGACGACAAGACUCCCGAGCAAGCCACCAGCUCGCGCCAGAUCGCCGACCUGUAUCUAGCGCAGGACCAGGUCAAAAAUACCAUGAAACGGCCGAGCCACGCCGACGACGACUUCUAUUAA